CCUCCUCCACCAUCUCCAUCACCACCACCUCCCUAUGUCUAUAAGUCUCCUCCACCACCAUCUCCUUCACCUCCUCCUCCAUAUAUUUACAAGUCUCCACCACCACCUUCCCCCUCUCCUCCUCCUCCCUAUGUGUAUAAGUCUCCUCCACCACCAUCUCCUUCACCUCCUCCGCCCUAUGUGUACAAGUCUCCACCACCACCUUCACCCUCACCUCCUCCUCCCUAUGUGUAUAAGUCUCCUCCUCCACCAUCACCAUCACCACCUCCACCUUAUGUCUACAAGUCCCCACCACCUCCAUCUCCAUCACCCCCUCCUCCUUACAUUUACAAGUCUCCUCCUCCACCAUCUCCAUCCCCUCCCCCACCAUACUACUACAAAUCUCCACCUCCUCCAUACUAUAACUGAUCGCUACACCAACAUAAUAAAAACCAAUCCAAUAUCUUUCCUCAGUUCAAGUUUUAAAUUGAAAGGACCAAUAAAAACACUAGCUGGCGCAAUCAGAUCAGUACGUCAUGGCUGUCCAAGAAUAAGGAUUCUCUGUUGAAUUCCAUAUGCUUCACAUCAUUAUCUUCAGAAUUUGAUUUCUUAUAUUGUUAUUCAGUGGCAUGAUAAAUGUCAUUUUUUUUUCUUGAUUAUUACAAUUAAUUGAUCACCGUAUAAUAUGCAGGCGUUCUCCUUUGAUGUCAUUAGAAAUAGUCCUUCCCCACCGCCUCCUCCUUAUGUUUACAAGUCGCCCCCACCUCCUCCAUAUGUCUACAAGUCCCCACCGCCUCCACCUUAUGAAUACAAGUCCCCACCUCCACCUCCAUACUAUCCUCCCUAUGAAUAUAAGUCCCCACCCCCACCCCCAUACAAGUAGAAAUCAUCAUUACUCCUCAAUAAGAUUACUAUCACUGUUUCUACUUUGUUCAGGUUAUAGAAGGUGUCAUGGAAAUAAUUGCUGCAAGAAGUGCUUGGAUGAUUUGUCUUGCAUACUUUAAUUUUCUGCUUAUUUUGAGAUUUUACUUUCUUUCACUGUUGGCUUAAUUUAAAUGUGUACACCGUAUGAACACGGUUAAUUUGAAAUAAUUUUACAAUAUAAUAUUUCUCUUUCA